UCUACCCUAAAGACAUUAGUGUAUCAGCUGUUCAUCCAUAAAAUCCUCCUCUUCCUCUUCCCCUUUCUCUCUCUACAUCUGAGAGACUCUUGUCUCUGUGUGUGUGUCUCCCUCUCUAGACCCACUUCGCCUUCAUCUUCCAUCCUCUACUCUGUCUGGGCCUCUAACAGAUUUCGCACAACCAAAUAUUGCCAAUUUUCUGCAUCCAAAGCCCCAUAAAAAUGCAAUCUUUUAUAAGAUUUUUCUGAUGGCUUCCAUUCACAUUGAUUGAGGGUUUCUGUUCUUCCAUUAUUUUUUCUGACCCAAAAAUGGCUGGAAACAGCAGCAGCUUUGACUACUGCGCAGAACCAGACCUGCUCUGCGAUGAAGAAACCAACGUCUCCCUCUGCUUCGAUGCCGACGCUUCUCAGCCGUCCGAUCAUCUCCAUCUGCCCAAUGUCGUGCCGGAAUCUGGGCCGUCGAUCCUCUCCCCUUGCCUCAGCGAGGAAUCCGUCGCCUGGAUGGUUGAGAGAGAGAAUCUGCACUUGCCCAGAAACGAUUAUUUGAAGAGAUUGAGGAGUGGCGAUUUGGAUUUGAGUUUCAGAAGGGAAGCCCUCGAUUGGAUUUUUAAGGCUUCCUCUCAUCACAGCUUUGGAGAAUUAUGUCUCUACUUAGCAUCAAACUACUUGGAUCGAUUUCUUUCGGUGUAUAGCCUCCCCAAAGGGAAGGUCUGGGCAGUCCAGCUCGUCGCAGUUUCGUGCCUAUCGCUAGCAGCCAAGAUCGACGAGGUUAACGUCCCGCUCAUGGUGGAUUUACAGGCAGGGGAACCUAAGUAUUUGUUCGAAGGGAAGACUAUACAAAGGAUGGAGAUGUUAAUUUUGAGUUACUUGAAUUGGAACAUGAAAUCGUACACUCCUCUCGACUACAUCGAUUAUUACCUUGCAAAGGUAAACAGCGCCGAUCAUCGCUGUCCUAACGGGAGUUUGAGCUUGCUGCAAAGAUCGACGCAAAUCAUUCUAAGCACGGUCAAAGGGAUUGAUUUCUUGGAAUUCAAGCCUUCAGAGAUAGCGGCAGCUGUGGCUGUGCACGUCUCCAGGGAAAGACGAGCCAUUGACAUUGAUAAGGCCCUGUCUAGUUUCUUACAAGUCGAGAAGGCAAGGGUGGGCAAGUGCUUGGAACUAAUACAAGAUUUGAUAUCUACUAGGAUGACUAUGACUUCUUCUACUACUACUAUGACUACUAUUACUACAACAGGUGAAGGUUCGAUUUCGAUUUCACCUAGGACGGUGCCGUGUAGUCCGAACGGGGUUUUGGAUGCUGCAUUUUAUAGCUAUGAAAAUGGAGAAAGAACAGUUGGAUCAUGUCCAAGUCCUUCUUCUUCACACAAUGCAAAGAGGAGGAAACUUGAAGAAGAAGAGGACCACACAACUAAAGCUCUAAGUGGUGAUUCUUGAAAGUCAUUCUAUGUGUGUUGUGUGACAUUUUCUUGUAUCAUUCCAAGAUCCAAUUUUUUUGGUGAAUGGGAGAAGAGGGCCUUUGAGAAAAGUUACCUUGGAAGAGAAAUAAUAAUAGUUUUAUUAUUUUAUUUUAAAAAAGAAAAAGGGAAAAUUCCAAGGUCCCAUUUUUGUGAGCAUGGAAAAGAAAUCACCAAAUGGACAAUAGAGUGUGUAUUUGUGCAAGAAAAGUUGUCAAGAGGAAGACAAUUCAAGCACAAGAACCAGUUGGGAAAAGGGUCCAUUUGUUGUAAGGGAAAAAUGUUUAUUAUUUUUAUUUAUUGUGUUUAUUGGGACAAAGAGACUGAUGAAUAAUUUUAUUUAUAUUUAUUUUUAUUGUA